AUGUCGAUGUCCAAGGGAUCUAAGCUGCUACAGUACAUCAACUACCGCAUGCGCGUCACCGUCACCGAUGGCCGCGAGCUCGUCGGGAAAUUCAUGGCCUACGAUCGCCACAUGAACCUCGUCCUGGGGGACUGCGAGGAGUUCCGCAAGCUGCCGCCCAAAAAGGGCUCCAAGGCGCCGGAGGACCGCGAGGAGCGCCGGACAUUAGGGCUACUUAUUCUCCGCGGGGAGGAGGUAGUUAGUCUUACCGUCGAAGGCCCGCCGCCGCAGGAUGAGAACCGUGGGAGAGCCGCCGGCGCAGCGGCAGGGGGACCCGGUGUUGGGCGCGCGGCAGGGCGCGGAGUUCCGACGGUUCCGCUCGGUCAAGCGCAGCCCGGCUUGGCGGGGCCCGCGCGUGGAGUGGGGGGACCGGCGCCGUCGUUGAUGCAGCCGCGCCCGCAAGUUGCGGCUCCGCCGAUCUCGUACCAGGCUCCUGGAGGCGCGGCUGGCGCUGCUCCUGGCCGUCCGCCUCCCGUCUCGUUCCCCCCGCCCGCGGGUUUCCCUGGGGGAGCUCCGCCGCGGCCGGGGAUGCCCCCCCCGCCAGGCGGAAUGCGCCCGCCCGGGAUGGGCCCUCCCCCGUCCAUGUACCCCCAGGGUCCCCCGCGCCCGGGCAUGCCUCCCCCGCCCGCCGGUUACGGUCCCCCUGGCGGUCCGCCUCCGCAAUUCCCCCCGCGCGGCCCUCCGCCAGGCGGUGCGCCGCCGAUGCAGUACGGGCGGGGAAUGCCCCCGCCGGGGGGAAUGCCUCCGCCAGGGAUGAUGGGUCCGCCCAGGCCGGGGAUGCCCCCUCCGCCAGGGGGGCAUCCGGGGAUAUCUGAACAGCCACAGGAUGGUGAUUUGGUUGUGCUAGGGGGGAAGGGGGGGUGGGGCAGAGGGGUUGCGUUUGUGGGAUGGCUGCUUCGCAGCGGAAGCAUGGCAUCGGGUGCACGGCACAGCAGCACAGAGGUAGAGCUCACUCCCGAGGUUCUCGCCACGGGCGUGCUUCCCACGCUGCCUCGCCUCGAUCCCGCCGUUGCCAGAGCGCUUGACCGAGUGCAAGAGAAAUUCGGUACAAAAGAACAGUUAGAGGCUGCAUUGAGUCGAGUGAAGGCGGAGGAGCCACCUCUCUUUGUGAAGCAGCUGUUCCGCAUACGAGGGGACCUCGAUGUUCCUCUGGACGACCCUGAUAUUGCACGCUACCUUACCAAGCUCUCAUAG